CGGUGGGGUGGGAGUGGUACACAGACAACCUGCAUGCCAGACAGAGCAAGGCAGGAGGGUGGGUGGGAGAAAGAACUAGAGGGAACUCUGUAUCAGUCUUAUAAAUAGGGGACCGACAUUUGCCACUAAGAAGGACCCCUAAGACAACAUGAAGGCCUCUCUGAUUCUUCCAGGAUUGCUGUUCCUUCUCCUCCUUGUCCAUUUGCCCAUUGCACAAGGACAGGCUAUCAACGCCCAAGCCCAGCAGCAACAACAUUGCGGAGAAGACAGCUUCCCACUAGAUUGCGAUGACAUUUAUGAACAAGGCUCAGUGGCGGAUGGCGUGUAUCUCAUUUACCCCUCGGGACCCAAUAUCCCUGUGCCUGUGUACUGCGACAUGACCACUGACGAUGGAAAAUGGACGAUUUUCCAGAAACGCUUCAAUGGUACGGUCAGUUUCUUUCGGGGCUGGAAUGACUAUAGGUUUGGCUUUGGCAAGGCUGAUGGCGAAUACUGGCUAGGACUGCAAAAUAUCCACCUCCUGACCCUUAAGCAUAAGUAUGAGCUACGUGUAGAGCUGGAAGACUUUGAGAACAACACAGCCUUUGCCAAAUACGCCGACUUCUCACUCUCACCCCAUGCCAUCAGUGCAGAAGAGGAUGGCUAUACACUCCACGUAUCUGGUUUCACUGAUGGAGGAGCAGGUGACUCACUGUCCUACCAUCAAGGCCAGAAGUUCUCCACUUUUGACCGCGACCAAGACCUUUAUGUGCAGAACUGUGCUGCCCUCUCCUCGGGUGCUUGGUGGUUUAAGAGCUGCCAUUUGUCCAAUCUCAAUGGCUUCUACCUUGGUGGGGUCCAUCUCUCCUAUGCCAAUGGCAUUAACUGGGCUGCUUGGAAGGGCUUCUACUACUCUCUCAAGAAAAGUGAGAUGAAAAUACGCCGUGUCUGAGGCCCAAGAUGACCAGUGGUUUGUUACCAUCAUGGCACUUGGCCCCUGGAAAGAUGAUGUAGGCUGGUUGUCCAAUUAAUUUUUUUUGAAAAAUUAAUUAUAUUGUAGAGAAAGAUGGGAAUCUGGUAUGGAUUCAGUGGGAGACUGGGGCUACAAAGGGAUAAUGUCUACACCAACAAAUUUAAACUAAUUUUAUACUUGUUUGUCUGUCAUGGCUACAAAAAUCUCUUAAAGACUUGUUAGCAUUCUCACAAAAAUGCAAUUCUUAAGAGUUCUUUGGAAAAACUGAAGACCACUUUGAGACUUAAGUGUGUAAUGAAGAUGGGUUCAACUGUGCCUUGGGUCACAAUUGUCUUCGUUCUGUUUGAAGGUCGAGGGCCUCUAGUAGAGUUGGCUGGACUUGCAAGAUAGUUAAUGUUCCUGGCUGAGAAUUAAUGACAAAAGGAGUGUAAAGGGAAGGAGACAUCAACCAAAACUUUUUACCAGAAGAGUCAUCAUUGCUUGGUACCCCUUGGUUUUUAUGUUUAAAUAACGCCCCAUUCUCUGAAACUGCAAAAGUUGAGAUCAGUGCAGUUGUAAAUGGAGAAGAUAAUUAUAGGCCAUACACAACUCAA